AUGGCUUCUGGCUUCAAUCGUCUCGAUCGUCUCGAUCGUCUCGAAUCGGCCACCAGACUGGCCCAGAUCGAGACAACGCAAACUCGUCCCAACACGUGGCCGAAUCCUUGGCUCUUCCUGAUCCGAUCGGUAGGUCAGAUGAAAUGCGUCUCCCUCUCUCUCUCUCUCUCUUUUUCUUCCUUUCUCCCACUCCCUCUUUCUUUGUUCGUUGGCCCGGCUAGAAGGCGACAAGGCGAGGACAUUGAAUCACUGGCCUUCGCCACCGCCACGAGACCUUGCGACAACUUCGACUCCCACUCCCACUCGGCUUCUGUCUUUCGCCUGCCCUCCUCUGAUCCGUUCGCUCUCCUUCUCUCGGGCUCGCCGUCGCUUGGCCGUCUCACACCCCACACCCCCCACCCUCAGCCGGCCAGACCGGACGACCGGGCUACUUAA